AUGUUUGUGCAGAGUCCCUGGCGGACUAUCUGCGGACUCUUGGCCAUGUUGUCAGCCCAGACUACGGGUCUAGUCCUGCACCUAGAUCGCGAUGGCUUGGACAACGGAGCGUUCUCGUUUAACGGUCUCUUAGUCGGAUAUGUGUUGGCAUCAAGCUCCGCUGCGGGGGAUUGGUAUGGGUACCUUGUUUUCCCCGUGAUCAUCUGUGGUAUGUUUAGUACGAUACUGAACAGCGCCCUCUCUGUUUUACUUUCUAACUGGGGUGUCCCGUCAUUCAACUUGGCAUUCAACGUCGUCGCUGUCUCCUUCAUAGCAGCCACCGGUCCUCAAAAUCCCCAUUUUCCCCAGCAUGGUGGGGAUUCCAACCCGAUCCCUUGGGGAGAGGAAGCUCUGGACUGGCUCCAGGUACUAGCAAGCAUUCCACGAGGUAUAGCCCAAUGUUACGGCAGUGACAGCCUCAUUACGGGUUGUUUAAUGAGUAUUGGUAUGCUCAUCUGCUCACCUAUCGUUUUCAGCCAUUGCCUAUUAGGUUCGACGCUCGGAGCUCUGACAGGUCUUGCUCUUGCAGCAACUCCGGCAGACGUCUAUAACGGAAGCUGGGGAUACAAUUCAGCUCUCACUUGUGGUGCCGUAGGGGGCGUCUUCUAUGUAUUGAAUUGGUCGUCACAUUUAAUGGCACUAAUUUCUGCUAUUUUCGCUGCGUUGCUGAGAGGGGCGAUGGCCCGAUUUUUCGCCGCGGCCGAAGUACCCGUGGUAGCAUUUCCAUUCUGCAUUGUCGCUGCUCUCUUCCUAUUGGUGGACAGUAACAGCAAACAGCUUUUGCGCGUGCCCGGUGACCGCAUGACCUACCCGGAAGAACAUCGUAAACUUUUUAAGUCGACCACGGUUGGAGUCACAAACGUACAACCCGACCAAGAUCCGACGUAACUUCACAAGCAAAUAUGAAUAUUUCUGGAACACUAUACGAUUUACCUCGAAUGACAAGUUUUGUAUGCAGCAGCGAGUAUCGUGAACAAAUAAAGACUUAUGAAAGCAUGUUUUUGAGCCAUAUUAUGUCCAAUUUGGUUCACAAUAAAUCUGUGAAUACCAAUUUUCUGUAGAUGAGCAAGACGACGUCUUAGAAUGUGCUUGUAAUGGAUGUUUGAGACAUCGAAUUCGCUAGAUAUAAACUAAAGUCUUCUUGAAUCAUUGAUUUCGACCUAUUAUCUCUUCUAACCAUCGAAUCUGAAAUAUUGACUCAACAUCCUUGAACCUGUACUUCGAUCAUGGGAGCAAGUGAUGGAGGAGUAGGAUCUGUUAUGAUGAUGAUCAGGAUUAUUUACAUCAUUGUUGUUUCAAUUACCAUUAUUAGUAUUAUUAUACUUUUUAUGAUUUCGUUCAUCAUGGGUUCGCCCUCACCAGCAUCAUUGCUGUUGCGAACAAUCACUAAUUUACAUUUCUACUAUUUCUGAAAAAGUAUAAUGAAGGCUUCUCAAAUCUUAGAUGGACAAGACCCACACGACUAUCAUGUUUUGUUAAUCAUGUUAAUCAUUGUUUUUGUAUUAAUUUUGUUCAUGUUAGCCGUUUCGAAGGGUUUUAGUAGGGGAAUUACGGGCAGGAAUGCUUCUCUUUUCCAUUCAUACAUAAUUAAAACACACAUUUAUCAGGGGCCGCGGAACUGAAGGGGUGGUUAGGAACUUGAGGCUUCAGCCCCCACACUUUUUUUUCCAAAAUCGUGUUCAAAUACGUAGACAAAAUGACCAUCUAAUUGUGAUUAUUUUUGGAUGGUCAGCCUCCACUUUAAAAACCGUCCCACGGCCCCUGCAUCUAUCAUUGUCUAUUUGAGUUUACCGAUCGGUCCCAUGGAGGUAAAGUAAGCUCCUGUAACAUAAGGAUGGCUUUAAUCACACGAACGAAACGGACUCCAGGUCGCUAAAAGUUAUUACGUUCUUUUGAAUUGAAUAUUACACUGUAAAAACUGCGGUGUUAAAACUGACACCAAUUGGUGUUAAUAGAGG